GCUUUAGUCCCAGUUCCACGUCCCUGGGUGUGUCACCUAAAAGAAAAUAAGGAAAAUUGGAGUAAGGAAUUGAAAGUACUAGAGGAGGCGAAGAAGACGGCGUCCGAAACCAAAAAAUCGAAAGACAGCGAAGACAAUGCCAAAGAGGAGGAGACAGAGGAGACAGAAAACUCCAAUCCAGAUAACGAAGGCCAAUCCUCGGAACAUCUUGACAGCAUGGACUAUAUUGAUUGUGAUGGGGAGGAAGAAAGUGAAUCUACUUCUUGA